AUGGAUCACAUGAGUUUUCAGAUGCCCGGCAUGGAGCCACCACCGAUCAUGAACCAACCGCCCCAGAUCUUCGGCGGAUAUGGGCCGGACGGUUUACCAAACAUCCCUCAGAUGCCAGCUGAUCUGGCGGCACACAUGUUUCCCGACGCCCACCUGUUAAUGGAGGAUACAAAUGAAGCUAAAAGAAGAAGAAUCGCAAGGGCUUGCGACAUGUGCAGAAAGAAGAAGAUCAAGUGCGAUGGAAAACUUCCUGCAUGCACUCAUUGUAUUAACUACAAGACCGAUUGUGUUUUUACUCAAAUCGAAAAAAAGCGCAGUCCCCCCAAAGGUGCCAAAUAUAUCGAAGGAUUAGAAAACAGACUGGGCCGUAUGGAACAUCUGCUCAGGCUCUCAGGCUUGCUGAGUGAAGAUGACAGCGGCACUGAUCUGGGCGCGCUGGAGAAGAAAUUGGCCGCGAAGUCACGUCAAGCGUCAACCGUCGCAACUAGUCCAAUGUCUCCAUCGCAAACCAUGUCUGGCCAAGACGGCACUGCUUCAACACCACAGAGCUCCCUCACAUCUCCUGAUCCCACCAAAGAGAAAGAAAGAGACCGUGACGAGAAAAGGAAAUCCAUAACACCUGGAGAGGAGCAGCCAGGGGAGGAGGAGGAAGAAGAAGUUGAAGCGCUCUCAGAAAUGAUGUGUUCCCUUGUCACCAAUCAAUGUGGUGAAACUCGAUACAUCGGCUCCUCAUCAGGAUUUUCCAUCUUCUCACCAAAAGGCAUUCAGUGGGUCAAUGAGCGAACUGGUGAUGAUUCAUUUGCCAAAAUGAUAUCAGAGGUAUCAGUCGAUGAUCAUAAAUGGACAAAUUGGAAGCCCGAGGUUUUCGGCGAUCUGUUUCAAAGACGAGUCUUCCGGCCAUUACCCCCGAAAAAUGAGGCGUUGUCUCUCUUGCAGGAUUACUUCGAGAAUUUCAACUGCAUGUUCCCUCUAUUUCACCAACCGACUUUCAUGCAUCUGGUUGAGAGGCAGUACUCUCCAGACCCCUACGAAGGCUCUGGGUGGUGGGCGAGUCUGAAUUGCGCUUUGGCUAUUGCGCAUCGCCUGCGGGUCGUGAGCAAUCUGGUGCCACAAGAGGACGAUGAAAAAGCUUGGGCGUAUCUGAAAAAUGCUAUGGCCGUGUUCUCUGAGCUUACUAUGCGCAAUACCGAUCUAUUGAGUGUGCAGGCCCUCUUGGGCAUGGCAUUGUUCAUGUAUGGAACUCCCAACCCUCAGCCAACAUCACUCUUGAUCGCGGCUGCGAUACGGCUAUCACAUAGCAUCGGGCUCCACAAGCGCGGUACCGGCUUCAACCUGAAUCCUAUUGAGAUUGAGCAACGAAAGCGAGUAUUCUGGAUUGCGUAUAUGCUAGAUAAGGGCUUAUGUCUUCGGUCAGGCCGUCCACCUGCACAAGACGAUGACGAUAUGAACGUUGAUCUUCCAGACGCCGACCCUGCCGACAAUAUUGGGAACAUUCCUCUAGCCGACGGUAAAGGGAAGAUGAAUCUCUUCCGCGUCAUGUGCGAACUUACUGUCAUCGAAAGCAAUGUUUACAGGCGCCUGUAUUCGACAAAGGCAACAAAACAGUCUGAUGGGGAGCUCUUGAAUACAAUUGGCGAGUUGGACCAAGAAUUAGAGGAAUGGAAAGAAAGAAUUUCCAUUGACUUUCGGCCUGAGCAUGAAAUCAAGGCCUCUCACACGCCACUGAUACUGCACGUCGUUAUGUUGCAUUUCACAUACUACAAUUGUUUGACAACCAUACACCGCAUGUCCAUCCACCAUGGUUAUUGGACCAGCAGAUUAUCAAACUACGCCAUUCAAGGACUGAACUCGAAGCCGCUUAAUCCGAGAGUGUUCUCUUCUGCUCAGCUUUGCACUGCAGCGGCACGAGCCUCAAUUGCUUUGUUGAAAUACGUUCCACAAGGCGAUUUCUCUUGCGUUUGGCUAAUCCUUUAUUUCCCCGUAUCUGCACUAAUGACAUUGUUCAGCAAUAUUCUCCAAAACCCUCUCGACCCUCGCGCGAAGUCUGACACUCGGUUGAUGGAUCUUGUCGUUACUUUUCUAUCUAUGCUUGGUCAGGAGGCUGAACAGGGCGGCGUGCAUCGCAUGCUCGGUAUCUGCUCGGAAUUUGUCCGAAUUGCCCGAGUAGUCAUUGAAAGGGCCGAAAAGGAGCAAUCUUCUCGUCGCAAGCGCAAGACAGUAGACUCUGGUUCCAAAUCCAGCACCUCAAAACCCCCUGCCGCCAAAUCGCCUACCACAGGAACAACUACAUCGGGCGAGACGCCCUCUGCCGAAACGCCUAGGCCAGCCACUGCAGCUACAUCAGCGGCAAGACCACGCAAUCUGUCCGCCUCUUCAACACCUAGAGACGCGCAGGCAUCCCAGACGUCGCCCACCUCCGUCGAGAAGGGUGACCCCUUUGGUGCUGCAUCAGUUUUGUCAAUGAAUAGCCAGUCUCCACCUACUGGCUCAUCGGGCUGGCAGCAAGAUAUGCCGCCCGCUCAGAACGGGGACUUUGAGUCAUACAACAACAUGACUGCGUUUGGCGCCAGCGGUGUGUCACCGCCGCCUGUUCCAUUGACUGCCCGUCCAUUCACGCAACCCCUUCUCCCUCAAGACUUAUUUGGUCUGCCAGCGACGUUAGACUGGAGUUGGGCGGAGAUGAGCGGUGGUGCUUAUCCGUCUGUUGAAAAUGGCAAUUAUGGUGGCGGGCAAUGA